AACACGCGCAUAUUCUCUCCCAGUCAGAUGCUUCGUAGCUGAAUCUCCUCAACUUUCUCUCUCUUCUUCCGUGCACAGAGUUAUCAAUGGCCGACCUCAACCUCACGCCCAACGGGAACUUAUCCUCGCCGUCUUCCACGACCCGAUCGACCUUGAUAUUUCUCGGCACCGGCUGUUCCAGCGCCGUUCCCAAUGCAAGGUGUCUCAUCCAGCCUUCCGAUCCUCCCUGUACCGUUUGCUCUCAGUCAUUGUCCAUUCCGCCUGACCGAAACCCUAAUUACAGGUGCAAUACAUCUCUGAUGAUUGAUUAUUGCCCAAGCGAGGGUAAACACAGCUAUAUUUUGAUUGAUGUUGGGAAAACAUUUAGGGAGCAAGUACUUCGAUGGUUCUCUCUCUAUAAGAUUCCGAGGGUGGAUUCGAUUAUUUUGACUCAUGAACAUGCUGACGCAGUUCUUGGUUUGGAUGAUAUACGUGCUAUUCAACCACAUAGUCCCACAAAUGAUAUCGAUCCCACUCCCAUUUAUUUAACUCAGUAUGCGAUGAAGAGCAUCGCAGAGAAGUUUCCUUACUUGGUCCAGAAAAAAUUAAAAGAAGGCCAAGAAGUGAGACGAGUUUCUCAGCUUAAUUGGACUAUAAUUGAAAGCAACUGCGAGGCGCCAUUUGUUGCAUCAGGCCUGAAAUUUGUUCCUUUGCCAGUUAUGCAUGGAGAAGAUUAUAUCUGUUUGGGUUUUCUCUUUGGUGAAAAAUGUAGAGUGGCUUAUAUAUCUGAUAUUUCACGGUUUAUUGCAAGCACAGAAUAUGUUAUUUCAAAAGAUGGGGCUGGACAAUUGGAUUUACUCAUAUUGGACACACUUUAUAAGACAGGAUCCCAUAAUGUUCACUUUUGCCUCCCACAGACUCUUGAAGCUUUGAAGCGGAUUUGUCCAAAACGAGCCCUGUUAAUUGGAAUGACUCAUGAAUUUGAUCACCACAAGGACAAUGAGUUUCUUCUCGAAUGGUCCAAGAGGGAAGGUAUUCACGUUCAGCUUGCGCAUGAUGGUUUGAGAGUUCCCAUGGACCUAUGAGUCACAAGGAUAGUCUUAAGACACUUAAUCACGAACCAAAGCCAAAACCCAUACUUAGGGUAUAUGAUUUUCGCCCCUUGUCCAGGGAUAAAAGACGAACACAAUAUUCUUUGAAGUCAGUCAUCCGAUCCAUAUUCCAUUAAAUGAGUUGGAUCUAUAGAUACAAAAGGAAGAGUUAGGUGCCGGUGGGUACCAAAAUAACAUGUUAAAGACAGAUGGAAAAAGUUUGAAUCUUUAUCCUCAUUCAUCAACGUUAUUGUUUCCUUUUAUAAUAAACCAACGAAUUUGAUCAAUCAUGAAAUGCUAUGUCAAAUUAGUUAAAUAAAAAUUGUGUAUGUUUACAUAUAUAUUAUUUGUUUAACUUACUGUAAA